CAGCGUCUGCCAGGAGAUUUAUUGCACAAUCCCCCCAUCGAUGAGGUGGUAAUUGAGCCAAAUCGUCAUAUUCUGGGGGGAUGUGUACGGUGGAGACCCGGUCUGGACUUUCCACCGUGGUAGCACCAACGGCAACCCCUACACACCUCCCUGAGCACUCUUGCGACCACCCCGUGAGAGACCUCUGUUGCCAGGAAAUAGUGGGGUUAUGCAGAGCCAACCAGGGAAGGCCUAGUACCACAGGAAACGCAGGAGAGUCAAUGAGGAAGAGGCUGAUUCUCUCCUCAUGAUCCCCCUGCAUAACGGUGGCCUCCCUGAUUAGCCCGGACCCUAAUGGUCGAUAUCUAGAGUGUGUACUGGGAAGGGUCUAACUACAGGAAAAAUGGGGAUUCCUAACCUAAUGGCUAAUGCUCUGUCGAUAAAAUUCCCAGCUGUGCCUGAAUCGACAAGCGCCUUAUGCUGGGAAUGUGGAGAAAACUCAGGGAAACAAACAGGCACAAACAGGUGAUCAACAGAGGACUCCGGAUGAGUGUGGUGCGAACUCACCUGGGGUGACGCCAGAGUGCCCUGCCUGUUGCCUCGACUCCCAGAGGAACCAACACGGCACCGACCAGCAGUGUGUCCUCUGAGGCCAAAGAUGGAGCACGUGAUGGUUCCUCCUCCAGUCUCCCUAUGAGCAGCCCUUCCUAACUCCAUGGGCACCGGAGCAGAGGUGCUGGAAGAUGGCACCGACAGAGCCCCCUCUGGAUGUCCGCGGGUGACCAGCGGGUUAUCCAACCGGAUGGACAAAUCCACCAGUUGGUCAAAGGAGAUGGUGGCAUCCCUGCAGGCCAGCUCACGUCAGACGUCCUCUCGUAGGCUGCAUCGAUAGUGGUCGUUCCGGCCUGCUCCGGGGGUCAAGGUCCGGAAUUCCAGGGCGAAUUCCUGGGUGCUCCUCGUCCCCUGCCUGAAAUGGAAGAGCCUCUCCCUCGCCGCUCUACCCUCAGCUGAAUGGUUGAAGACGGCCCGGAAGUGACGGGUGAACUCCUCGAAGUGGUCCUUCACUCCACACAGAGUUUUCCCACUCCAGCGCUCUUCCCGUGAGGCAGGAGACGAGAGCAGCCACUCUCUCCCUUCUCGAGGGAGCUGGGUGCACAGUGGCCAGGUAGAGGUCCAAUUGUAACAAGAAUCCCUGGCACUGUGCUGCUGUUCCAUCAUACUCCCUGGGAAGGGAGAGACGCAUCCCACUGGGACUGGCUCCGGCCUGGGACUGGUAGAGGUUGUGCUGGUCGAGGCACUGGAGAGACUCCCUGUCUCUCCCAGCGGUCCAUGGUUUGAACAGCGCGAUCCAUCAUGGCACCAAGUUGAUUUAACAUUGACGAAUGUGCCUGGACGCGCUCCUCGACUCCUCUAACCAGGGUACCUGCUCCUGCUGACUCUAUGGUUCGGUGUGUAAUUCUGUUAAGAGUGCGUAGCGGAGGCGAAGUCAGGUGCAGGAGAGCAGAGUGUAGCAAACAGGCGCACUUUAUUCAGUUCCAAAUUGACAGCACAAUAAAAGUGCCAAAACCACGGAAAUAACAAAAGUAGUGCGCAUGACAAACCACAUAACAAUAAACAAUUACACACAAAGACAUGAUGGGAAACAGAGGGCUAAUUAAAUGUAGAUUGAUUAGGGAAUGAAAACCAGGUGUGUAGGGAACAAGACAAAACAAAUGGACAUAUGAAAAUUGGAGCGCGAACAAGGACUAACCGACUUGCCAAAACUAUAGUUUGUUAACAAGAAAUUUGUGGAGUGGUUGAAAAACGAGUUUUAAUGACUCCAACCUAAGUGUAUGUAAACUUCCAACUUCAACUGUACAUAGAACUAGGAAAAAAUGCCUUGAGUGGAGGUACUUUUACCUUGGCUAGUGGCAAUGUGGUCUAAUGUUAAGGCAGUACUACAGUAUAUUAUCAACAUUGUCUUAUCGUAUAUCUCAUUCGAAAUGAUUGUAUUCUAAAGGUGGAUGUAAAAUCAGUGUCUUGGGUGCUAUUUUGCGGUGGGCCUGUGAGGGUCAAGUGUUAGUACACUGCCCUAAUCCACUUUAAAUUAGAUUCCUGGGCUGCCAUUGGAUUAUUCCUGAGAACACAACAAUGGAUUUUUUGAAUUCACCAUAAUCCCAGUGAAUAUUGCAAGCACUUUCAAAGGACUCUGUGUAGAGGAAGCUAAUGCCUAAAGAAGGACCUCUCAGGAACUUAAUAACAUAGUAGAUUAAAGAUCUACAAAUGUCUUCUAUCAAUGUUCGCGUCACCACCAUGGACGCUGAGCUGGAGUUCGCCAUCCUGCCCAGCACCACUGGCAAACAACUCUUCAACCAGAUAGUGAAAACCAUCGGGCUGAGAGAGACCUGGUUCUUUGGCCUACAGUACCAGGACAGCAAAGGCUUCUCUACCUGGCUCAAACUCAACAAGAGGGUGACAGCUCAGGAUGUACGCAGGGAGAACCCUCUGUUGAUAAAGUUCAGGGCCAAGUUCUACCCUGAAGACGUGGCUGAGGAACUGAUCCAAGAGGCCACGCAACGACUUUUCUUCCUGCAGGUGAAGGAAGGCAUCCUGAAUGAUGAUUGCUACUGUCCUCCGGAGACGGCUGUGCUGUUGGCCUCCUACUCUGUUCAGACCAAACAUGGAGACUACAAGAAGGACUACCACUUCCCUGGUUACCUCAGCAGGGACAAGCUGCUUCCCCAGAGAGUUCUGGAGCAGCAUAAGUUGAACAAGGAGCAGUGGGAGAAUAGAAUAAAGGUGUGGCAUGAGGAGCACAAGGGAGUGCUGAGGGAGGAUGCCAUGGUGGAGUAUCUGAAGAUAGCUCAGGAUCUAGAGAUGUAUGGAGUCAACUACUUCAGCAUCAAGAACAAGAAGGGUUCAGAGCUGUGGCUGGGGGUAGACGCUCUGGGCCUCAAUAUAUACCAGAACACUGACAGGAUGACCCCUAAGAUCGGCUUCCCAUGGAGUGAGAUCAGAAACAUUUCCUUCAACGACAAGAAGUUUGUUAUAAAGCCCAUGGACAAGAAAGCUCCGGAUUUUGUGUUCUACGCCCCUCGUCUGCGGAUCAACAAACGUAUCCUGGCGUUGUGCAUGGGAAACCAUGACCUGUACAUGAGGAGGAGGAAGCCAGACACCAUCGAGGUCCAGCAGAUGAAGGCCCAGGCCAGAGAGGAGAAGACUAAGAGACAGAUGGAUAAAGCUCUGCUUGAGAGCGAGAAGAGGAAGAGAGAGAAUGCGGAGAAGGAGACAGAGAAGAUCGCCAGAGAAACCAUGGAGCUGAUGGGCAGACUGAAACAGAUUGAGGAAGAGACCAAGAAAGCUCAGGAAGAGCUGGAGGAGCAGACUCGCAGGGCCCUGGAGCUGGAGAAAGAGAGGACGUUUGCCCAGGAGGAGGCAGAGCGUCUGGAGAAAGAGCGCAGAGCAGCGGAAGAGGCCAAGGCAUCCCUCCUACAGCAGUCAGAGAGCCAAAUGAAGAACCAGGAGAACCUGGCCACUGAGCUGGCUGAGCUGACCUCUAAGAUCUCCCUUCUGGAGGACGUAAAGAAGGAGAAGGACAACGAUACAAAGAGCUGGCAGAAAAGGACGGUCAUGGUGGAGGUUGAUUUGGAGCGGGCCAAAGAAGUUCUGAAGACUAAAGACAUCCAGGACUGUGUGCAGGGGGACCACGACGAGACCGACGAGAGCAGCGCCGAGGCCAGCGCCGAGCUGACGUCACCAGGCAUGGUCAGAGACCGCAGCGAGGAGGAACGCAUGACGGAGGCUCAGAAGAACAAACGGCUACAGAAACAUCUCAAGGUCCUGAGUACUGAGUUGGCCAGCGCUCGAGACGACAGUAAGAAUACUCCCAACGACCUGAUCCACGAGGAGAACGUUAAGGCCGGCCGGGACAAGUACAGGACCCUCCGUCAGAUACGACAGGGCAACACCAAACAACGUAUCGACGAGUUUGAGUCCAUGUGAGAGAGAAUGAGUGCGUGAGAGAAUGAGAGAGAGAGAGAAUGAGUGAGAGAGAGAGAGAGAGAGAGAGAGAGAGAGAAUGAGUGAGUGAGAGAGUGAGAGUGAGAGAGAGAGAGAACAAGAGUCUGUACUGAAUCUAUGUAUUUGAAUGGAAGUCAUAUAGGCAGGUACAGUGUAAUUAUAACGUCAACAGGUACAGUGUAAUUAUAACGUCAACAGGUACAGUGUAAUUAUAACGUCAACAGGUACAGUGUAAUUAUAACGUCAACAGGUACAGUGUAAUUAUAACGUCAACAGGUACAGUGUAAUUAUAACGUUGACGUUGCUUUAUUGACUUUGUAAGAACCCACUGCCUCUCCCCAGUAGCGUUUUGUCUACUGUGACUAAAGAUUGCCAUCUACUGGCUGUAACGUAUUACAUUUAUGUUUGCUAAAGUCAAAUUCUGUGGACUACAGACUGUAGGCUACUAGUUCAACAAUCAAAGUGAGUGAUGACAUUAUUACUACAUCAUUCCUGUUGCUUUUGGGUUUUGCAAUCUUGAAAUGCAUCUAUGCAAAAUAAUCCUUAGCUGAUACACUAUAAAACCCAUAUUUUUCUGUAUGCAUAGUUUAGUGAGAGGAACGGUUAGAGGUUAUUUACAAUAUUUACAAUGGAUGUCAUUUCACAGACAUAAAUGAGCACCAAAUUUGUUAAGUGUUUUGCUAUGAGUCAAAUAAAUACCAUUAACCAA